AUGCCCUCCUGUCCUGGUGACGGGAGAACAAUGUUGGUGAACGUCGCUGCGGGUGUCCGAGUGCUCCUUUUGCCCCCGGGCCGAGUGGGGGCGGAAGUUCGGGCGGCGCUGGCCCCAGCGAUAGCGCUCUAUCAGCAGCCCGCCGCGCCUGCGGAGGCAGCCUGGGGGUUAUUUCUGGCGGGAGCAGCUGUGCUGUGGUCGGUGUACGGGGAGCGCCGGGGCCUGGCAGGGACGUGGCGGCCUUAUCUCCCGGUUCUUGGGCAAACGCCUCCACUCCAGAGCGAGCCGGGCCGCCAUCCUCUCGCCAUGGGCUCUGGGCCGCGCGGGGCGCUGAGCCUAUUGCUCCUGCUGCUCGCGCCGCUGAGCCGCCCGGCCGCGGGCUGCCCCGCGCCGUGUCGCUGCGCCGGGACGCGCGUGGACUGCGGGCGCCGCGGGCUGACGUGGGCCUCGCUGCCGGCCGCCUUCCCACCGGACACAACCGAGCUGGUGCUGACGGGCAACAACCUGACGGCGCUGCCGCUGGGGCUGCUGGACAGGCUGCCCGUGCUGCGCGCGGCGCACCUGAGCGCCAAUCCCUGGCGCUGCGACUGCCGCCUGGUGCCGCUGCGCGCCUGGCUGGCCGGCCGCCCCGAGCGCACGCUCUACCGCGACCUGCGCUGCGCCGCGCCCCCGGCGCUGCGGGGCCGCCUGCUGCCCUACCUGACCGAGGAGGAGCUGCGCGCCGCCUGCUCGCCCGGCGCGCUCUGCUGGGGGGCGCUGGCGGCGCAGCUGGUGCUGCUGGUUCUCGGGCUGCUGCACGCGCUGCUGCUGGCGCUGCUGCUGCGCCGCCUGCGAAGGCUGCGCGCCCGCGCCAUACACCGCCUGUCGCUGAACGCCCUGCUGAUGGCGGAGCCGGCCGGUGACGGCGAGUCCUAGGAGAAACGGACCGGCGCUGAGCGAGGUGGGCCUGCCAAUUGGGCAGGACCCUGCCCCAGGAGCCCUUGCCCUAACCGGGAGCCACUCUCCUCCAGCCAGGCUUCAUCUUCCAGGCCCCGCCCCGUCUGCAGGCCCUGGCCCACCGGGAGGUCGCUGCCAGCCCGCCGCUAAGCCCUGGGGACCAACUGCAGCCCAGACGCUGCGGAGUCCCUCACGCCAAACUCCAGUGCAGAAUAAACCCUAACCCUUCUCCCGA